UUGUUGCUAAUAUCGCAUAAAACUAUUCUAUUUUUAGUACGAUCGUGAUUUUGUGUUCCAAGCAAUUCUAUUAAUUUGAAUUCGACGCAGAUGGCGGUCGCGCACGAAACCCCCACUUCACGGCGGCCAUGUUGGCGUGCGGGCGCAUGCGCGACAGGGAGCUGCGCCUUUGCAGUCUGUUCUCGGUCAGUCAGUCGUACGGACGCGCGAUUCACGUUUGACGCGCAGUUUCGGAUGCGUGGACCGAGCGAAAUCGUCGAUGGUCGUACAUUUAACGGUGGGAUUACUGCCCGACAAAGAAACUCCGUUUCGUAUGCGGUCGGCUGGUGGUGUCUCGUGGUGUGACGGUUUCUGCUAAGGUCGCGGUGGCACGUUUCGCUAUGUCGCAAGUGCUUUGGCCGCAAGAGGCACAGUGACGACUCGCCCGUGUGCCUGCCGACAUCCUCGACGGCCCUGCGAUGGAGUCUAUCAGAAAAUGGUUCUACAGGCCUAAGAGGGACGAUACGAGUCUGCUCGCUCAGUUUUUCUACGCUGACGAGUCUCUGAACGCCGUCGCCUGCGAACUGGACUCCUUCGACGGCCGCCAGGAACCGGAGAGAUGCACCACGCUGGUGAAUCAGCUGCGCCGUUGCCAGGACACGGUGCUGACGAUAUGCAGCCAGAUAAUGGACGACCUGAUUCCAGAGAGCAGGGCGAACCGGGAUUUCAGGGUGAAGUUUCCCGACGAUGUGAUGCAGGAGAAUCUGGCAGGGCAGCUGUGGUUCGGCGCGGAAUGCCUGGCAGCUGGUUCCUCCAUCAUGAACAGGGAGACUGAAAGUUUAGCCAUGAGACCUUUGGCGAAGGCUCUGACAAGGUCCCUGGAUAUCGUCAGGAAUUUGCUCAGAGAGCACGCGCUGAAAGGUCACAUGAACCUGAAGUUGCUUUUUCAGACGCAGAACCCGCUGGACCCAUCGAUGGAGAAAUUAAUCGAGUCGUUGAAGAUCUUCGACCGACUGUUCGCCGAUUUUGAACUGAUCUACGUCGGCGCCAUGGUACCGGUGAAAUCGACGAAGGAGUACGAGCAGCAGGAACUCGUUUGCGUUUUAUUUUCGGAGACGUUGCAAAGAGCUCUUGAACGCGGACUGCUCAGCCAAGCCGACGUGGAUAAUUACGAGCCAGCUCUGAUGUUUACUAUUCCUCGUUUGGCGAUUGUUUCCGGCCUCUUGGCUCCGCCUGGAGGCCCUUUGUGCCUCAAUUCCCCAGACAACAUUAGUGAAAUGUUUAGACCUUUUAGGACGCUUCUUCUAAAAAUAAGAGAGCUUCUCUGGACGUUGAACAACCGCGAGCUGUACAUGCUGGAGAAACUGUUGUGUUCGAACGAGGAACCGUCGGGUCCUAUCACGCAGUCGUCCAAGUCUGCGUGUCAGGACAUACCAGACCUCGAGGAGUUCGUUCACAAUUUUUAUACCGGUUACCCGAACUGCAAAGACUUCAUCGUAGAUUUUUACACGGUGACGAGGAACACGGGAAAUAACAUGGACGAAGUAGCGAACGACGCCGUUAAAAGUUUAGCCGAGGAAAGCGAGAACGUCGAUCGUUUGGAUGAUAGGCAAGGUGAGACGAGGAUGAUCGUGGAGACUGGGCCUAACCGCCUAAUCGCGUCGACGGACGGUUACGAAGAGAGUGUUAGGUGCAACGGUGGUGCGAGGACAUCCAGUGAACGGGAUAGUGUCUGUGACGAAGUGCAAUACAGCGUGAAGAUGAACGGUUCUUGUGGUUCGAACGACAGCAGACAGCUGUCCUGCGACGAUUGUCCCUACUCGAGAAGAGAAGAGAAUAACGCGAGUCCUGUCUUCCUGGAGCAAGUCAAUACGGCGCAGAACACUGGCGAGAGCAGCGUUUCCAGUUCCAGCGACCAGUGCGCCAACCAUCUGCACAAGCAGCAAGAGGAGUUCAUGACCAGAGACAUAUCCGAGAUGCUGGGCGCCUCGGGCAACAUCGAAAUCCCCCAGACGCAGUACCUGUUGAACCAGGUCUCGCACGAGAACAACGUGACGGGCGAGACGGUCCACAUUCAGAACUCCCUACCGGACCUGGACUCGAAGAAGCUCAUCUCCGAGGCGAACAAGACUCUGUCGAACCUCUUGUUGGACGGAGAUUGUCAGAACGAGAUGUCGGAGCAGACGGACUCGGGGAUCUGCACGGUGAUAUCGUCGGAGAACACGAGCCUCUACGACAAGAGUCCCGAGGAGAAGAAGACCUUCGCCAACGAGAUUCAUCAGGACGAGCAGGUCUUGGACGACGAGGACACGCAAGAGAAUACCAGCUACUCCUGCUCUAACCUUAACUCGCCUAAGAGAAAGAGCUCGACGAUCUCUGAGAACUCGUGCGUUUGUAGCCUGAGAAGCACCAAGACUGUCACGUCCAUGGACCAUUCUAUCGAGGUUCUACACUCGGCCAACACGGAAGCCGCGAAAAACAUUCCAAGGAUAUCUUCGAACUUUGACGGUACCAACGAGGAGUUCGUGGGGGUCGCGUACGGGAACGGUCACAUAUCCGUCUGCGAUUCCAAUCAGUCGAGCUUCCAGAUUAAUUACACCGAGAACUGGGAGAACCUGAACCUGAACAUCGACGCCUCGACGUCCAGGAAGGAGUUCUGGAGCGACCUGAAGUGCGAGAAUUGUCCGUCUACGUCUCAGAACAUCGGUAAGAUCGGAACGAAGAUCGAGCAGUACGCUCAGGACAAGAUGGCGUCAAGGAAGAUGAGGUACGAGAAACAGAAGCGACGACAUCAGCGCAAACACGAGAGGAACGGUCAGGUAGUCCACCAGGCGAUGCAGGAGACCAGGACGCCGAGUUUUCCUAACGUACGAUCCGCCACGAGCACGGAGAGUUCAAGGUCCAACUCCACGGAUCGUUGCUUGAACCCCAGGCUGAUUAGCUACGGAGCCAGCUUGCAUCCCAGUCAGAACACCAGGCAGAUGCCCAACUUCGGUAGCCACAGUCCUCACGCCAGUCCAAGAUUGCAGCAUUUCGAGACGCGCAGCACACCCGCGUCAGGGCAACGAACCUGCAGCGUCGCGUCGAAAAUGCAGAGGAACCUGUCGCCCCAGAAUAGGAAGCUUUUGGACCACAGGAGAUCGAGAUCGGAGCAGAUGUGUCGAAUGAAGAGGAGGGAUCUCGAAAAGAGAGAGAAACACGAUCGGGUGAACUCACGUUCGGAGCAAACCAAGAGAAAAUUGGGAAGCAGGAGCCCCAAUGAACUGAUGAACGACGGUUUGGGACCAAGGACGGACAAGAGUGGCCUGGUGACCGAGCCAGUUUCACCCGUGAUGUCGCAGAACGUUUCCUACGGCAUGCAGAAUGCAAUAAAAGACAAUAAUAUACAGAGAGCUACGCGAACGAUAAGACUGGUGAACGCGUCGGCGGUUUCUGGAACGCAGUCUUUCAAUUCGGAUCAUACGUUGAUUCAGAAGCCUGAAGUGGGGUCCAGUUCCAGUUGUUCCAGUUGCUGCGACUCGAGCUCAGAGACCAGCGAGUUUCAGAGCGACUGUCAGGACGACGAGGAAAUCGCCCUGGCGAUGCAAGCCGCCGAGAUAGCGAAUAGGAAUCAGAUCCGGGCGAAGUUUCGGUCGUCGGAGGAUCUUGUCCAUCGUCUGUUCGUGUGCAUAGCAGGCGUGGCUGAUCAGUUGCAGACAAACUUCGCCUCGGAUCUGCGCAAUAUUUUGAAGUGCGUGUUUCUUAUGAACAGUAGUCAAACCGUAGAAGACGGGGAGACGAAAGAUGAAAGUGUAACGACGGAUACUCAAUUAGCAAGUCCUUUGAACGAUACGGGUACCGAUAACGAUCAGCAGGAUUCGUUGCAAGAAUACGAAGACGAUUUAGAAGAAACUCCUCCGAUGAAUGACCAAAAUAAUGGUUCUCCUGUAACCGAACGUGGAGAAGAAUGCGUUGAAAGAGCACCAGCCUGGGUUCCCGACAAUGACGCGCCAAGGUGCAUGGCCUGUCAAGCAGGAUUCACCGUGGUGCGACGAAGACAUCAUUGCAGAAACUGCGGCAAGGUGUUCUGCGGUCGUUGCAGCAGCAACAACGUUCCCCUACCUCGUUACGGGCACAUGAAACCCGUGAGGGUGUGCAACAGGUGUUUUCUCUAUCAGGUGACGCCGUUCACCGUUUCCCAAGUAACGUCCGCGAGCUGAACAUUACCAGAACGAGGUAUAACUUACGGAAUAAUUUUUCUUCAAACGGUAACGUUCUUGUUAAUAUUCUCUGAACAUUGAGCCGUGUACCACGCGCGCAGAACAUCCGUUUCUUUCUUCUAAUAGGGAUACAAUGUUUCGAAGUUCGUCGCUUAGAUAAACGUUACGGAAAAAAAAAUAUAUAUAUAUAUUUUAAACGUAUAAACUAUGAAUACAGACGUACGGAGUAUAUGGAAAUUCGGUGGUGUUGUAUUCUUCCGAUUUUUAUUCAAAUUGGACUCGUCGAAGGGUUAUAGUCCGCUAGGAAACUCUACAUAUUUGUGCAGCAAACCUAGGGGCGUGUAUAUUUUUUCUUUUAAUCGAUGAGGCUCGAGUUUAAGGCAGUGAAACUACCCAUUUAAUACUUGAAAAGUUAUUGAAAAUAUGGAGAAGCUUGUUAUACGAAUGUUCUCUGUGAUCUUUUACGCGAUCUUUAACGCUUUCGCUGUGAAGUACAAUUAGGAGAAAGUGGUUUAAGAAAUGUUUAUUUUUUUAUGUUCUGAAUUGCUUUUGUUUGUGAUAAGAGACAAAAGGAUCGCAUCAUGCGUGUAUUAUUUUGUUAUUUUUCAUGUUAUCCGUUAACAAUCGAUGAUCAUUAAUAAUAGGUUAUUAAUUUUAAGAAGUACAUUUUUUGUAUUAGAGAAUCGAUGCCAUAUUAUUUUCAGAAGCAUUCAAAUCGUCGACUUUAGAAGUUAAAAACACUUUAAAAGACAGAACAAAAGACCUUUUUAGGUCUCACAUACUUAGUGUCUCAGAUUAGGUGAUACUAUACAUAUAGACGAAUUCGAAGUGAAACAGUCUAUAUAUAUAUAUAUAUAUAUGAUAUUAAACUUUAUGUUGGUAGGUGACGGAUUUGUGAUUACAAAAUAAAUAAGAAUAGUCGAACAGAUAUGCAUGGAAAUGUAACGUUCACGUGUUACAUGUCCAUCUUUCAAGCAAUGGAAGACAGUUUCAGUCUUUAAACUCGAGAAGUUGAAGAUUGAAAAAAAGUACGUGUUCCUUAAUUUUCUCCACUCGGUACAUACGCGUAGUUUCAUUGCGAACAGAUGUCAAUUGAAGGAUUCCUCGUUAGGAGAUUGUCAGAUGAGAAUCGUUAAUGAAAGUCGAAACAAUAUUAACAUCAUCCUCGAUCGUUCUUUGCGUUAAUCUGUAUACUUACAUGCACUUAAAUUGUAAAGUUAGAUAUAUCGGCGCCGAUCGCUAAUAUUUUUACACGUCGUGGUCAUACGUUUUUAACGGAGCUGAUUUCCAAAUCAGUUGUAUCAUAAUUAAAUCUUACUCGUGCGCGGACGAUACGAUCCGUUGUCGCGGAUCUUGGAAUCGUACUGGUAAAAAGAAGAAAAAAAAAUGAAAAAAAGAAAUGCAGUUGUUGCUUUUACCUUAGAAUAACGCGAUAUUGUACAGAAUAGUCCUUAUAUUGUAUAUCGAAUUCGUCUCUGUCUCUUUUGUCAAUUCUCUUCAUCGACGUUCCGUAUUAUAUUUUAUCUUCUUCCGUUAGGUGUGUUCAUUUGAUAUAAGCAAUCGAAUUUCUCGUUUCAUCGUGUCAUGCUUUGAUCGCACGAAAAUCGCUCGGUUUCUUUGUACAUCCUUGUACAUUCUUGUACCAUAAAUUGUGAGCGAAACUUCAAAGAUGAAUUCCGAAUCUAAGAAGAAUAAACAAUUCUUUAUACUGUUACGCGUGUCCUUGUUUCUGAAUUGCAAUAGAUGAAAUAAUGUACAAUAGGACGAACGUUUAUACAAGUUCUAUUCGAUUAAUUUUCCUUGUUGAAUUCAUCUUUGAAAACGCGCCUACAUUGUACGUGUCUGUUCUGUAUAAACGCAGUACAGUACGUAUUCUCGACUGGAUCAGAUUUAAUCGCUUUGUGAGAAAGAGAAUAAGGACCGUCAGAGUCGUACAUAAACUAUAUAUGUGUAUAGUUGCGAGAGCUGAAGAAUAUUUCGGUAUAUUGCGUUGUAAAAUAGAUAUAUUUGUAUAUAUAUAUAUAUAUAUGUACAUAUACAUACGUACAUAUGUAUUUAAUUUUGGAAUAUACUCUUUUUAGGUAAACGCAGGAAUCUUGAAUAAGAUAGGUAAAAAAAAAAAAGAAGUUUCAAGGAACACUAUUCGAAAUCGGCGAGAAAAGGGGAUAUCUGUAGACUGAAACCAAAAAAUCCUUGCGUCGCAUCAGACACUAACUAUAUCAAACCUUCGCUCGGCGAUAGUGAUUCAAGUAAUUUCUAAAUUUUUAAUAAUACCAGACUAUCGAGAAGAAACGCGUGAUCAUAAUCGUUACCAUCGUCUUAAUUAAACGCUUUCAUUUCGCAUGUCGUGUCAUUCUACACAUUGCACAGCAUCGAGGAAAACACAUCAGCCUCUGUGUGUAUUUUUAACAACGUUGUUGCUGGCUUAGCUCCCUUCCCUACCCCCACACUCAAAAAAGGCAAAGUAGCACAGUAUAGAACAGGGGUGAGGAACCUUUCAAAAUUGUUUAGUAGCCAACCCCGGUUUAGCGUUUGUUCGAGCUACUGCCAGUAGCGCAAAGACUUCCAGCGAAUGCGUAACAGCGUAAAUGUAAUCAGAGAUGAGCACAAAUCUUAUUCAGAUACAAAUUUCGAAUGAGUAAUUAAAUUUGCUUUACGUUUGUUUUAUUCGUUAUCUAUUAUUUGAAUAAGAUUUUACUCAUUUUUUUAACGUGACCAUCGUCUGACUAAUGUAAAAAGCGAUGUUUGCGUUUCACCAUGUCCAAGCACAUGCCUCGGCAAGUCGUGGUACCAGUUGGAAGCGCGCCAAAGCUUCGAGGAAUCUUAGGAGACGAUUUUCAAGCAUCUCGUCAGGUGGUCCUGCGAUUCAAUGAAGCUUUGAAGUACAGGCGUACUAGCUUCUGUGCCAAAUCUAUGUGACAAUAAGUUUCCUGCUCGUUAACGCAAUUUCGCACGAAUCUGAUUUCAGGAAACCGACGCAAACUCUUCUGCUGGUAGAAACAGUCUUUGAAAAGUAAAUCAUAUCCCAACCACCUUCAUUUAUUUUCUUCUGAGCCUUUUGAGCUCAACGCCAUGGUUGAAAGUGAGAAAAGUGAGAAGUUUGAUAUAAAAGUAAAAGAGAAACAAAGGUAGACCCACUGUGACAUUUUCUUAUAAAUACGUUAGUUUCAGAGACCUUUGCGAUGAGACAGCCGCCGCAAUUCUUAUGCGUUUCGAUUUAAAAGACUGCUUUUGAUUGUAGACUGUUCAGGUAUUAUAACGAGGUAGAUGGUUGACUGUUGUAGAUUUCAGCGAUUGGCUUUCCUGCAGCUUUACCUGUUUUAUGUAAUUAUUCUAAACUUGAACUAAGUGAAACUUCUACCUAGGGUAUUUGCUGAUUCGAAAGAACACGAUUGAUUGUUCGAAUACUACUCUAUUUCAGAGAAAGUAACCUUCACGGUCAAGUGAUAUUAAUUGCAACUAUAAUUUGUGUAGUUUGAUAAAAUCGAAUUGUUCGAGUAUUCGAUUUGCUCAAAUUAAUUAAGCAGCAAUUUAUUUCUUCUUAUUACCGUGAUUAUUAAAGACGUAAUGUAAUCCUAUAUACAAAUUCGUUGCACACUAUUAUACGAUAUCGAUAUUAAUAUCGAUGAACAGAAAACGUGUACAAGACAUUAUUAUAGUUUAUAAAAAUUGAUGAUAAAGAACCCGAGAAAAAUGAGCUUCGAGGAAAUUAGAUGCAAAGGAAUGUAAUUUGAACGAACAAAGAACUUUUUUUAUGUUGGAAACAAAAGUUUACAGAAUUUUCUGUUUUAUACACAGCACAACCAUUUUGUAAUCGUCCAGAUACACUCAAGUUCGAGAGUAUUUUGAAUUUAAUAUAGUAAUAUUUCAUUCCCAUUGUAUUUACUUUCUUCAAGAAAAGUUAUAUUUCAAAAUAUUUUAUUGUAAGGUCAAUCCAAUUGGCUGUGUUUUGUUUAUAGUAUUUUUUUCUUUCAUAUGCCACAUCAAUGAGGAAUUUUUUGUAUGAAGCCAAGUUAGAUCGGCUUGUUCAAAUGCAUAGAAUUAUUUAAAAAUAUUUAGGGUGUAAACACGAUGCAACGAAAACAACGAUUCUAUAGGGUAAUCAUUGAAUUCGUUAGAAUCACUAUUUGCAUAAUGUAAAGCGACUACUGCCAACAUUUAUUAGUUAAAUUACUUUGAAGACAUGUAAAAUAAUUAAAUCUAAUUUUCAUCUGUAUAGUAUAUUAUAUAUACAUAUAUAUAAGAAUAAUAAUUGGUUUAGUAAUUAGUUACAUUUAACACUCAGCACAGGCUUAUUCUGAAAAUGUUGUUGAAACUUCAGAAUUUGAAUUGUUGACACAAGUUAAAAGAGAAACUCAAUAAAACUAUUAACAACUUUAAUGCUUAAAGGACAAAAAAAAACUUUCUUGUUAUAUGUAAGCUUUUAAAUUUGCAGUUAAGCAUUAUAUCUUCAGUAGCAUAGCUAUACCUAAACUGUAAAUUUUAUAGAAAUUAAAAAUCUAGUUCAUUCCUCCUAUUUCAGAUCUACCAAUGUCAAUAUUGUACUGAUUUGUCAAUAUUAGUACUAUUAAACUGCUCAAAACAAUAAUUAGGAAAUGGAGAAAGUUUGGAAAUAAAAGCAAACAUCAGAUUUCAAAGAGUGAAUGAAAUAACAGACACGGACAAAAUACUGUAUAUUUAAUACUGUAGGCUUUUGUAUUCAAUAUCUAACUUCCAUGACACACUCUACAUUAGUUCUUUAUUCUUUUGAAUAAUAUAUGUAGGAUUGACCCUAAACGAAUUUCUUUGCUUCAUGACAGUAACUAAUAUUAAAAGCAGCUUUUAAAAUAGUAAGUUUCCAUAUACGGUACAAUCAUUAUGUAUAGUUUUAGACUUCAUCUAAGUACUAGCAGGAAAAAUGAAUUAGCAUUUCGUUCGUAUACCAGCUAAGAGGAAGCAUAGUUCAAGCUAACAAGUGAUCACAACUCAAAGCACGAGAACAAACGUAAACUAUACCGAGUAGAGUACAAAGUUAAUUUUCAAACAACGACUGCAUCGAUCAAUUCAAUGAUUACCCUGCAGUGCGUUCAGUCACAAGCAUGUAAAACUCGUUUUCUGAUCACCUUCCAUAUUAGCUAAUUGCUUUUUUUUUUAUGCCGAGCUUACGCCCAUAGAAGUAUACACGUGAUUGUAUUUGUCAACUGAACCGACGUUAACCCUCUAUAACCUAAAUUGCAUUUGUCUUGUAUACAAAAUUGUACGAUAGGACCAUUGAUGAACGUUGAUAAUGAAGUUCAAAUUAAACGUUGAAUUUUAACGAACAUAAUCUUUAAACUAUACCCAACCCGUGAGAAAUUUUCGAUGGACGUAAACAAACUGUUGGAUUAGCAGGAAUUGUUUUUAUCGUGUACUCAAUCGAAUACAUUAUGCAAUGGAGGGUCGAAGACGAUUGAUACACAUUGAUGAUAGGAUUUAAUCAAACUUUGAAAAUAUAGUUAAUAAAUAUGUAGCUGAAAAGAUAGGAUUAUAGAGGGUUAAGCAUAAAAAAUUCACCAGACUCGUUGACUGCAUAUCAUUCCUUUGUGGUCCAGAUUCUCGGAUUUUAAUACGUGUUUGACAAGCCUCACUCGACACAGGACCACAAAGAGUUACAUGGUAAAAACGUGUGUAGUUUUUAAGAAGUCCACGCUGUGGUUCUUUCGUGAAAUGCGUUAUCGAAUAUGGAACACGAUUGAUGUAUGAAGUCAACAUCACGAGCGCUGAAGCAUCGAUCCUUUAUCAGAGAUGGACGGAAGACGCACUUGCCGAAGAAUUGUAAUGAUAAGCGACUGAGAAGUAGUCAGCGCAAUAGUCAACUUGCUAUGUUACAUUUGAACAUUUUCUUGUGAUGUCACUGUGAAAAGUUAACGAAAUAUUUACCUCGGGGCAUCGAGGGUGGUAGUUUCUUGCGAUGAGCCAAGGGAAUGACUGAGGAGCAGCUGAAGCCCCUUGCGCUAUGUGACCACUAUGCACGCGUGUAAGACGGGUCCACUGACAUCCAGGGGCAAUUGCAGCUACGGCUACGGCAUAGUGGGACGACACUGCAUAAAUGUUAGACAUUGAGGCAAAAAAUAAACAUACAAAUUUUAAAACCUAAAUACAUUUUAAUGAAUCUUUAAACCUUUGACAAUUAUGUUUCAUAGUAUUAUUACGUUUUGCGUCACUAUUUACCUCAUGACAUCUGAAAUUAGUUACGUUGAUGUAUUUAUCUUUUCUUUAACUUACAUUGUAAUUCUUGUAUUAUAUGACUUUACCAAAAGAAUGUCUGCAAUAUCUAAUGUUGGAAUUGUAAUAAUUCUAAAAUAAACAGAAAGAUGAUUUAAAUGUACAACAGAACUUUGUUACAUUUGAUUGUAGAAGUUAUAAAUGUUUUAUUUAAUUAUAAAAAUGGCCUAAAUUCGCCCAGACAAAACUUUGCACCAUUUGUUUUUAGGAAGUAUGUAAACUGUAGCCGUUCACGUAGUUUUUACUUUUAUUUGCUUCGUUGUCAAAAUUUAAGAAACAUUUAUAACCUCUAUAAUCAAAUGUAACAAACUUCUGUUGUACAUUUAAAUCAUCUUUCUGUUUAUUUCAGAAUUAUUACAACCUCAACAUUAGAUAUUGCACACAUUCUUUUGGAAAAGUCAUAUAAUACAAGAAUUACAACGUAAAUUAAAGAAAAGAUAAAUAGAUCAACGUAACUAAUUUCAGAUGUCAUGAGGUAAAUAGUGAAGCAAAACGUAAUAAUACUAUGAAACAUAAUUGUCAAAGGUUUAAAGAUUCAUUAAAAUGUAUUUAGGUUUUAAAAUUUGUAUGUUUAUUUUUUGCCCCAAUGUCCAAUAUUUAUACAGCGUCGUCCCACUGUUCGGCUGCGUUUGAACUUUGAAAGCGUGACUUACAAUUAGUGUUCUUUCACUGGCUCUAAUCUUGCUUUUGAAGAAAUGCUCAGACGAUAAACGACUGGAAUAGAUCUAUCGCAGAUCAAAGACUUGCGUAAAGAGCGGAUAUACCAGAGUUGGGCAAAAUGUAGUUCACGAUUAUAAUUACCGAGUAAUCUAUAAUAAUGAUCGAUGAAUACUUGGUAAUUGCGAUGAAUCCCCAACUCUGAUAUGUAUUCGUUUAAGGAGGACACCGAUAUUAGGGAGUAUCGUUGGGAUACGAACUAAGCUUAGGAUGAGAGUUAUUUUUUACAUGUAAUUGAUGCCUUGUUCUAGAGUAUCGUACUUUUGAUCUAUGUAAAUAAAGUUUCGACUCUUAGCACUCGACCAUCGACAGAUUUCGAGGAAAGAAAUACGACUGAAAUCCAGUUGGAGACGCUUUUAGAGUAAUAAACGAUCGUUCGAAACGUGGUGAUUAAUAAAUAAAUUAAUAUUAGGUUGUCCUAAAAGUUUCUUUCGUGAGUUGCGUUCAAUUAUUUUCUGUGGCAGUGUUUAUAUAAAUAUACAAUCUAAUUUCUUAGACAUUGAUGCUGUAACAGUAAUGGAGCGAAAUGAAUUGUACACAAUUUUGUAAUGUAACAUAAAACAUAAAAUAUUGUGUAUAAAUUAAUUAUUAAUAAAACGAAAGAAACUUUUGGGACAACCUAAUACUUGGGCAAUCUACCAUAACGAAUCAUUAUUUGGACGUUUAACUUUCUUGAGAAAUAAAUACCUGUUGCAGGGAUUUAAUUUGGUCCGAAAAUCAAUUUACGAAUGUAUAAAUAAUCGAGAGGAUAGUGCAUUCAUGAAAAAAAUAAAAUAAAAUUUAUGCGAUAGAGUGUACAAUGCAACCACUGCGUUUUUGGAGGUCGUAGUCUUCAGAGUAUGAGGCUAGGUUUGGCAUGCUCACUGUGGGAACUUUUUCGGUACGUGUCAAUUACAGUUCAUACUAGACUUUCAUAUCUAGCGGCACGGGUAAAUAGGCUCGUAGACUUUUCAAUUACACACCGUAAAUUUUGAAAAAAAAAAAAAAAAAGAAUUAAUAGAAAA